UCAUUUUGCACUCUAAAAUCAUAUCCUGUUUGAGCUUCCGGUAAACAAAACUGCCAAUUCUUCAUUCGCUGGUGAAGUUAACAGUUGUAAUGGCGGACGCUGCUGUAACGUUUGUAUUGGGUCAACUAUCAACGUUGACCCGUGAAGAGUACUCGCUCUUGGGAGGGAUUAGAGAUGAUGCGCAAGACGUCGAGAAUGCUUUCAAUCGUUUGACUGCGGUUUUGAAAGUUGCGGACGAGACGGAAGAAAUCAAUCCUGAAGUUAAAGAAUGGGUGAAGAUAAUCCGGGAGCUGGUGUAUGACACUGAAGAUGUUCUUGACGAGUUCCAGUUCCGCUUUGGAGGUGACCGGACCAAUGGAGGGUUUCGCAAUAGGAUCAAGAACAAAUACACUUCCGUCAAGAACUUGAGAGCUCGGCGAAGGAUUGCUCUUGAACUGCAAAGGAUCAAGGCCAGAGUCAACAAAAUCUUCCAUGAACAGCCAAGGUUGUUAACAACCUCUGAUCACACUAUCCACAACCACAACAAAAGGGUGUAUGAUAGUCGAAGGGAUGCUCUUUUGCUAAAAGACUCGGAUCUGGUAGGUAUUGACAAUCCCAAGCUGUCUCUUGUUAACCGCCUACUUGCUGUAGAUAAAGAUUUGAGAGUCCUUUCUGUAGUGGGUAUGGCGGGAUUGGGAAAAACUACCUUGGUUAAAAAGGUUUAUGAUGAUGCACGAGUGGUAAAUCACUUCCAGCUUCGUAUGUGGCUGACAGUUUCUGAAACUUUUAAUGCUGAUGAGUUGCUAAAAGAUGCAAUUCGGCAGCUAACAAAGCAAACCAAGCAAAAGCUCCCUCAAGAUUUUGCAGCCAUGAACACUGAUAAAUUGAAAGAAUUCAUCAAUAACAUUCUUUCAGGCCAAAGCUAUAUUGUUGUUUUGGAUGACAUAUGGGACAUUGAUGAUUGGAGGGCUAUCAAAUAUUCAUUUCCUAGGCAGAGUUUUGGUAGUCGUAUAGUUAUCACAACAAGGAAUAGCGAAAUUGGUGCCUCCACAAGCUGCGAAACCCGGGGCGGCGAUGUCUACCCUUUAGAGUCAUUGUCCCUUGAAGAUUCAUGGACUUUGUUUUGCAGAAAGACAUUCUUUAGUGAAUCGUGCCCUCAACACUUGGUGAACAUUUCCGAAAACAUCUUAAAGAGAUGUGGUGGUCUACCGCUAGCGAUUGUGGUGAUAGCUGGGGUGUUGGCUACAAAGAAUGAGAGCAUUGAAGAAUGGAAAAGAUUCCAGCACAACCUCAACAUCCCAUUAGACAGCAAUGUCGGUGGGAUGAAGAACAUGAAGAAUCUACUUUCCCUCAGUUACUAUGAUUUACCAAAUUAUCUCAAGUAUUGUUUUUUGUACUUGAGCAUCUUUCCUGAGGAUGUCAUCAUCGAGAAAAUGAGAGUAAUUCGACUAUGGAUUGCAGAAGGAUUUAUCAAGGAGAACAACCAACAACAAGAAAAAGAAGAAGUUGCUGAAGUCUAUCUCAAUGAAUUACUUCAUCGAAACUUAAUUCAAAUUGUAGAGAGGACUAGUGAUGGAAAGAUGAAGGGAUUUCGAGUGCACGACAUUUUACGAGAAAUUAUUCUUUCCAAGUCAGAAGAGCAAAACUUUACAACCAUUAUUGCAACUAGGCAAAAUAAAGAACCUUUCAACAAGUUUCGACGCCUAGCAAUCCAUAGGUUUGAUGACCACAUUCUAAAGUUCACUUCAUCAAAAAUGCAUCUUCGGUCUUUACAAUUCUUUGAACCACUUUCAAGCUCCACAGUGUCGUCUUCAUUACCAAAGAUGUUUACUGCCAAAUAUAUUCCUUUAAAGGUAUUGGAUUUAAGGGAUUCUGAACUAGAGGAAAUACCAGAGGAGGUUUUUAAUUUAUUUCAAUUGAAGUACUUGAGUUUGAGAAGAACAAAGUUGAGAAGCGUUUCUAAAUCUAUAGGACGUCUUCAAAACUUAGAGACACUUGAUUUGAAGCACACUAAUGUGAUUGAGUUGCCAGCUGAGCUCUUAAAACUUUGUAAACUUCGGCAUCUCCUUGUAUACCGUUACCAAGAUACGUGGAUUAAUCCUUGGAUUAGUACACAAAGCUUUAAUGCUCCAUUUAAGAUUGGAGGAUUAGUGUGUUUACAAAAGUUGUUUUGGAUACAAGCAAAUGAUACUCUUGGCAUCAAAAUAGUGUCUGAGAUAGGAAAGCUAACACAACUAAGAAGAUUAGGGGUUCAAAAGCUGAGACAAGAAGAUGGCAAAGAAUUUUGUUUGUCUUUGGAAAAGUUGACAAACCUUUGCUCUUUAUCUCUUACAUCAACUUCAGAAGAUGAGGUCCUUGAUAUCCAACAUCCUCUACAUGUUCCUCUUGGUCUUCAAAGAUUAUAUUUAAAAGGGCGUCUGGAGAUGGUACCUCGAUGGUUAUCCUCACUUGUAGGCUUAACCACUCUACACUUUUCAUGGUGUAGACUUCCUGAUGAAAAUCCGCUAUUGUUUCUCCAAGAUCUGCCCAUGUUAGUACAUCUAAGUCUAGCGACAAAGUCUUAUGAAGGGGAAGGAUUGUGCUUCAAGGCUAAAAAGUUCUCAAAGCUCAAGUAUUUGUUUAUCUAUGAGUUGGAAGCACUGAAAUGGAUAAGAAUGGAGGAAGGUGCAAUGCAUCAUCUGGAAAAAUUUCAAUUGGGAGAAUGCAAAUUGGUUGAGCAGAUGCCGAUGGGUAUUCAACAUUUAUCUGAUCUUAAGGUAAUUACUAUCUAUGACUUGGCUGACAAAUUCAAUGCAAAUUUAGAUUCAGAAAGCAAAAGAAGUGAAAUCUAUGCAAAGAUAUCUCACAUUCCAGAAAUUAAUAUUUCCCAUGUCAUAGAUGGUAAGCGGAAGUUUUUCUUUUUGUGAUUUAAUGGCUGGUGGUAGUCACGAGAUUUAGUAUGUUGUGUUGUAUAUCUAUACUUUGUGAUUUUAAUUUAGUUGUUUUUCAGAGUUUUAAAUUGUUUAUUGUCAAAUCUAAAUUAAUUGAUGGUAGAUUAUCAUA